AUGGCUUGUACUGGCCUGGACCCGAAAUCUUACACCAAGUUGUUCUUGAACGGACAAUACGUCACAGCGCAGAACGACGAAACCUAUAGCCUCAAAAACCCCAAGGAUAACACCAUCGUCUGCGAUAAAAUCCCCAUCGCUGGGCCUGCAGAUGUCGAGGCGGCCGUUAAGCACGCUGAGGAGGCAUUCCAUGGACCAUGGAGUCGAUUUACAGCCAUCCAGCGGACUGAGUGCCUACUAAAAUUAGCCUCGCUGCUUGAGGAGGAGCUUAUGUCAAUUUUAACACUUGACUCACUCACAUCUGGGAUCCCAGUUUCGUUGGCCCCAGUUCGUGAGCGAAGUUAUAUCAGAAACUGUGUCCUGUAUUACGCAGGGUGGACGGACAAGCAGAAAGGCGAUUACUUCCCCGCUGAUGAUGGAUUUGUAAAGUUGGUUCGGCAUGAACCGCUUGGUGUCUGUGCUGCCAUCAACCCUUUUAAUGCACCCUUGGCAUGCUUCUUUCUCAAGGCUGCACCGGCACUGGCGACUGGAAACGUCAUGAUUGUGAAGCCCAGUGAGAAAACACCACUGGGAUCCUUGGCUGUCGCAUCCCUAUUUGAAAAGGCCGGCUUUCCUCCUGGAGUCAUACAAGUUAUUACAGGACCCGGAUCUACUGGUGCUUUGCUUGCCGAGCAUAUGAGGAUCCGCAAAAUCAGCUUUACUGGCUCAAUCGCAACGGGCAGAAGGAUCCAAGAGGCUGCUGCCAGAAGUAACUUGAAACGACUUUGUGUCGCUGCCACAAGAGUGUAUGUCCAGAAGGGCAUCGCAGAUCAAUUCAUCAACGAAUACAAGAAAAGGAUGAAGGCAGCUGCGAAUGACUUGGGAGAUCCUCAAGAUCCAGAUGUUCGAUUGGGGCCUAUGGUUGACGAGGGACAGCUUGAGCGGGUAAAACAGAUGGUGGAGCGAGGAAGAUCUGAGGCUGAGCUGGUUGUCGGCGGUGUUCAGCAUGGCGAUACCGGGUGUUACAUGGAGCCCACGGUAUUUUUGAACCCAAAGGAUGAUGCCGAAAUCUACCGCAACGAGAUCUUUGGCCCGGUCAGCAUCAUCAAGACUUUCGAGACGGAGGAAGAGGUUUUGAAGCUGGCCAACGACACCGAGUACGGGCUGAUGUCUGGAGUCUUCACCCGGGACAUCACGCGAGCCCUGCGUAUGUCUUCAGCACUGGAAUCGGGAGUCGUUGGCAUCAACUGUGUCAGCCUGCAAAACAUGCAAGUGCCUUUCGGGGGCAAGAAGCAGAGUGGGGUUGGGCGGGAAUUCGGUGAGUAUGCGCUGAGGCUAUUUACCGAGCCAAAGACGGUCCUUAUCAACAUGGCCGCGUAG